AAUCAGUGAUGUUUUUAUUGGGACAAUUCUGUCGUUGGACCCUGGCAUUAGAGUUUUGUAGUAACCUUUCUGACAAAUAUGUCGGCCUCUGGGAAUCUCUUGGCCACCAAUAUUAUGGAUAUAUGAGAAGAACACAAUUGUUUAGGAACAACUUCCGUGUUGGUGGAGUGGCCUGCAGACAGAUGCUAGCUAUUUUAAAGAAGUUAAGGAACCAGGCAGCUUGCAGCCCUAACGCUAGCUCACAGUUGUUACCGCAGAGCUAGCUGUGUAUUAAAUAACAUUAGGCAUAGUGCGAGGUAGCCACACAUUUAAGGUAUUAGCUUGACGCUGGGAAAGCUUAUUUAGCGCGCACAGCUAGACUCGUUGCGGUACAGCUGGCUGGCACCGCUGAAGGAGUCGUACCGAUGUUAUGGAUGUAACGUUAAGAAGCUGUCUCAAUUUAUUUUAAUCCCAGGAGGAACUAACACCGCCAUGACUGACACAUCCCAUUCACCGUGCCUGGACCCAGAACAGCUGUGAAGCCCUCACAGGUGCAGCCUCCUGACCAACCACCAGACUGGAUUAUCUUCACUGGCAGAGACGUGUGGUUGGAGUUGAUACUCAAUACUGCCACCUCUGUGUUUUAUCCACAUAUAAAGGAAUACAAAUCGAGGAGGUCACUGAUCAGCACUGGAUCCUGUGGUUGAUGUUGGAAAAUUAUACAUAAAACCUCAAGAUACAAAAAGGAUUCUCCCUCUUCCAUACAUAAAAGCCACAGCGUUUUUGUGUGAUUGAGUUCAUCAUCAGGACGUUGUUCCGGUGAGAGUGUAUCCUCCAGGGGAUUGUUGUGCAAGGGUGUUAUCAGAGCCUCAGUGCUCUCCGCUGGGAAAGGAAGCAGAGGGAAGGCCCUGCACGUCCCUGGAGAAGAAGGGAACAGAGCCCGUAGCUGGAAGGCUGACUGUUAGAUAACUAACAGGCACGGUCACACUCUAACACAGUGGAGCCAAGAGACCAGUGGGGGGUUUGCGUUUGCUGGCUGAUACACUAGAUACAACUAUUAUCUAUUCGCAAAUAACUCCCAGCGCUCCAAAUCCACACUGUAUAUUAAGUUCAUUUCCAUGGAUACUGAUGGAUGUUCCUACAGAUGUUUUGGAAAGACCACCAAUGUCUUCUUAUUGUCUUCCGAUCCCAUCCCCGGAGCUGCUGGCAGGUGAGGUGGUUUGAAUCAGCCACCGGCGGGGUUUAGGGAUGCCCCGACACAGGAAAACCAGGCUACUCCACUGGCCCCUUUACAGACUGCUGGUUCUAAUACGAGUCCUAGACUGAAGGCAAAUUAUCUCCUUCCCGAAACAGCUUUUUUUUAACAACAUUUUCUGGCUUUUAAUUUAAGUGAAGGGGAAUCUCCAGACAUUUUGCUAGCACAGACUUGGCUACAACAUUGCCAUACACACUCACAACUUAUUUAGUUUUGAGCUUUCCUCUCCAUUAUUUCCUUCUUUCAGCCUUAUUUGCUCCAUCUUUUCUCCUACUCAGACAUGCCUACCUCUGCCAUCUCUUGCACCUCACCAGACUCCAUUCACAGAACAAUCACAUGAAGCUGGAGGAGUUCACAUCAGGUGCAAGUUCAUCCGUUUAGCUGUAACGUUUCUCUGUCAAGUUUUUACUGGCACCAAUUGAGUUUUAAUAUCUUGUUAACAAACCUCUUUUUUUUAUUGCACCAUCAUCAUGUUUUUAAUCGAGCCUUUAUUCACAUUGCAAAACCUCAAGCAAUGUCCUCUCUUAAAAUGAUACUACUCUAUUGGAAACAGACCCAGAGGAAUGAUCACAUACAAUUCGCUUGUGUUUGUAAUUGAAUGACAUGUUUGGAAGAACAGAGCUGUGAGGACCCCUCCUCCUCUACAAUUAGUGGCUUCUUUUUUCAUCCUGCUUUUUCACCGGUUUCCUGGCUUUCAGGAAAACAAGGCUCAUAGUGACUUGUAAGCUUCUUUUAAUCUCACACACACAGUAGAUCACGAUUGACCACGUUAAAGAGGAAGCCCUCUUUAAUUAUCCCUCCUUUUCUUUUCUAUUGUCCUAUUAAGUUUUAUUUUUUUGCCAAUCCAUCAUCUCUACCCCCUACAAAUCUACUCGUUACAGAGACAUUUAUCUCUGAGUGAAAAAUUCUUAACCAUAGCGGUUGCUGGAAAGAUAAAACCUGCUACAUAAAGGACGGGAUGCCAGGUAUCGGCAGUAAGAGUGGAGGGCGGGGUCCGUCCUCGUCCCCCCUCCCUCACACCGUGAUCCCGGCCAGCAGACCCCUGAGACCCUCCCGCUAUGUCCCGGUGUCUGCAGCCACUUUCUUCCUGGUUGGCUCCACCACGCUCUUCUUCUGCUUCACGUGUCCGUGGCUCUCAGAGCGGUUCUCUGUGGCUGUGCCAAUCUACAAUGGAGUCGUCUUCCUGUUUGUUUUGGCUAACUUCUGUAUGGCCACAUUCAUGGACCCUGGCAUCUUCCCGAGAGCCGAGGAGGACGAGGACAAGGAGGACGAUUUCCGUGCCCCCCUCUACAAGACUGUGGAGAUCAGAGGGAUCCAGGUCAGGAUGAAGUGGUGUUCAACCUGCCGCUUCUACAGGCCGCCACGCUGCUCCCACUGCUCCGUCUGUGACAACUGUGUGGAGGACUUCGACCACCACUGUCCGUGGGUGAACAACUGCAUCGGCAGGAGGAACUACCGCUACUUCUUCCUCUUCCUCCUCUCUCUGACGGUGCACAUCAUGGCCGUGUUUGGCUUCGGCAUGCUCUUCAUCCUCUACCAUCGGCAGAAUAUUGACCGCCUGCACGCCAUCGUCACGCUGGCUGUAAUGUGUGUUGCAGGCCUGUUCUUCAUCCCUGUGGCUGGUCUCACUGGCUUCCACAUAGUGCUUGUGGCCAGAGGCAGGACUACUAAUGAACAGGUGACGGGGAAGUUCAGAGGAGGUGUUAACCCUUUCACCAAUGGCUGUUGGAAGAAUGUCUCUCAUGUCCUCUGCAGCUCACAGGCACCCAGGUAUCUGGGCAGGAAGAAGUGUGUGCAGAGUGUGUGUGUGCAGCCUCCCUUCCUGCGGCCGCAGCUGACAGAGGCCCAGCUGGCUGCAAAGAUCCUGGACAACGGCAUCCAGGGGGAUCUGCACCGGUCCAAGUCCAGUCUGGAGAUGAUGGAGAGCCAGUCAUGUGACGCCGAGCCUCCACCUCCUCCCAAACCGGAGCUCCGCUACCCUGGGAUCACCCGAGGAAACACAGAGGAGUGCAGUCUACUGAACAAAGCCCCUCCCACCCCCACCAUGUACAAAUACAGGCCCACCUACAGCCCUGGGAAGAACCACACAGCGCUCACACAUGCUUACGCCAACCAGCUGAGUCGAGGAGAGAGUGUUGGCAGUGCAAAGGACUCCUCCACCUCCUCCCUCCUCCAGGCCAGCCAGCAGCCCGGUUUCCGCUCCCAGCCCAGCCUGGACCGCAGGGACGCUGUAGGGGGGGCGGGGGGUGGAGCUGGGGAGGAGAGGAGGGAGGGGAGAAGAGAGGUGGGGGGCAUCCCUGGCUACACCCUCGGUGGACGUUCGUACCCCUCCUUCUCAUCCAGCUCCACCCACACCUCGGCCGGCACCACCCACCUCUCCGAGGCAACCACCACCUCCGCCAGCUUCAAGAGCUUAGCCAAUCAGACGCCCCCGCCUCACCACCCGUCCCGCAACGGGAGCCUGUCGUAUGACAGCUUGGUGGCAGGUGGAGAGGACUUCGACAAAGGGGUGGUGGUAGCCCCUGAGGCUCCGUCUGGGAGACCCUGUAUGCCGGCAGCAGGCGGCUACACCUCCCCCUUCCUGUCUCACCCGAGAGACGCUGAGAUGCAGUCGCCCCACCACUACCACCGCUCCUCCCACCUCCACCACCACCAGCCCUUCCUCCAUCGCUCCUCCUCCACCACAUCCUCCUCCCCCCCACCUCCCCUAGACAGGGAGCGCCUGCUGGGGGAUCCUCACCCCCCGCCAGCCAAUCACACCUCUGCUCCGCCGUCCUCUGCCGCCCCACCUCCCCCACACCAUCGCCACCACCACGCCCAUCACCACCACCACCAUCACCACCACUCCUCUUCCUCUUCAUCCACCAGCCGCCCUCCCCGCUUUGCCGCCCCUUACGCGCCCCCCCCACCACCAGCCUAUCCCUACCGCACCCGAUCCACCGACACCCCCCUGGGACCCUCCUCCACCUCCACCACCCACCCUCCCCGCUCGCCCCACCCCCCGCCCCUGGGCAAGUCUCUCUCCUACUCCAGCGCCGCCGCAGCAGAGAUGCAGUACCGGCUCGUCCGGAAGGCCUCAGCGUCAGCCGGGGCCAACGCGGCGGGGGUGGGAGGAGGAGGGGGAGGAGCUGGGGGAGGAGGAGGAGGAGUAAUGCUGCCGCCAAAGGAUGAGCUGAUCCAGAGGAAGCCUCUGAGUCGGUCCAAUGGUGGCCAGCCCUUCUCCUCCUGCUCCGCCCCUUCCUCUCCCUCUCACCCAAUCAGCGUGUGUGCCCGACCCGGAGUGGCCUAUCCCAGCUCGACCCUGACCCACAGUCCUGCUCACAAGCCUCAGGGGGGCGGGGUGAAGAAGGUGACGGGCGUCGGGGGCACCACCUACGAGAUCUCUGUGUGAGCGGCCACCAGACCCCCCCUGGAGGAGCGAAGAGGAGGUUCUGCGGACUCCUCCCCCUCUGAGGGAGAGGACCGCUUUUGAGGGUCUGAGGAGGAACCAGAUCUCCCUGCUGGUUGGCUGUGGAGCUAGACUGGAUCCACCGCACUUCCUGUGCAGGUCGCGUGAUGCUGGAGCACGCAGGAACCUUCUCAGUCUGCUCGCUGUGGUCAGGUGUUACAUUAUGCAUUCCCACUGCCAGGAGGAGGGCUCUGACCCCCACCAACUGUAACGUUACAGUCUGCUUGCCAGCACUGUGAACCCAGAAAUGUUGAGUACCCCAAAGUUUUAUGUUAGAAAUGAAGUAGUGGCCCUCCAGUAAUUACAAACUGCCGGAUGGAUAAUAUGUUGGGCAAUUUGCACAAUUAGCAUUAUUGCCUAUGUGGCCAUAGUUUAAAAUUCUCCAAAUCGGCCAAGCCUUUUUUUAGAGUGGAUUUGGGUGUUAUUGAGGACGCUGAAUCUGUUUCUGACAUUUUCAGGAUCAAAAAUGGCAGUUUAACCAGAAAGUGGCUAUAUUUGUACUCUGGGUGGGCUGAUUUUGACUACCAUGAGAAGUGUUGCAGACAAUUGGAUAUAGAGGGCACAAGUUGAAACUCUACCUAUGACUUCUACUGUGGAGAAUUAUUGUUCCAAUAAAUAAGCAAUGUUUCCAAUACAAAUGAUCCAGAGUCCACUAAAACUUAAAAAUGGACCCAAAUGUGUCAAAAUCAGCCCACAUAGUAGUAGAAGUAUGGCCAAUCUAUGCUUAAAAAUGCCAAUUUGGAUCCUGAAAAUGUCAGAAAUGGAUUAAGCAUCCUCCAUAACCUCCAAAGCCACUCCAAAAUCGCGCAAGCCAUUUUUUAACUAUUGUCCACAUAAGCUUUAAUGCUACAUUUCUAACACAAAACGUUGGGGUACUCAACAUUUCCGGGUUCACAACAGGACUCUAUGAGCUGACACCUAGACUGUUACCCAACAGCACUUUUACACUGAAGCUGCAUUGGGUCACAUUGGUGUUAUUUUCCAUCAUUUCCACACUCAGUUUUUGAACAUCAUUGAACACUAUGAUGAUGAGGAUGAUGAUGCAGCACAGUGUGUGGAACCUGAUUGAACUCAAAGUGGAGACUGUAAACUAAAGUGAUGUGUACUUUGAAUAAGCCUCCAGCAGACGGAGUGAUCUGAUUGGACCUUGAGCAAAGGUGUUUUCGUGAUGUGUGAUGAUCUGCGGCCACAGCCUGCAGUCAGUAACGUGGUGUUGUAUUAUGGGCUGGAAGGAACAGCACAUGAACCUCUCCAUUGAUGUCGUGAAUGGACUCGCCUUUAGAUAGAGCCAUGACAACUGUGACUGAAAAAAAAAAAAUUGCUCUUAGAUGUGAAUAUGAUUCCAUGUUUGUACAGGGUGAUGUGAUUUUAAAUGUGGAUUUCUCUUUUUAAGUGGCGUUCAUAGCAGACCGCAGCAUGCACUACUAUUAUACUGGCCACUGAGUGUGGUCUGUGAACAAACGGGAGACAAAGUGAACAAGGAAGUCAUGCUUCGGCCCAACACACACAACUCAUUCCUUGAGCAACUGCCUUGAAAAUUAAAGUGUUUUUUAUGUCACCUA